AUGCUGAAUCACCUGUGCCUGCUGGUGCUCGUGAGUUUGGGGACACACGCCACGGACAUCUUCCCAGAAGGAGCCAGCGCCCCAGGAGACAUCCUUAUUGGGGGGCUCUUCCCCAUCCACGCCGGGGCCCGGCGCCCAGCCGUAUAUCAGCCAGGGCUCAGCCAGCCUCAGUCCCCAGUCUGUGUGCAGUUAAAUAAGGGUGGCCUCACCCAAGCCUUGGCCAUGAUCCAGGCCGUGGAGGAGGCCAACCGCUUGCCACAGCUCACCCGGCUGGGUAUCACCCUGGGUUACCGCAUCCAUGACUCCUGCUCCGACGUCAGCACGGCCCUGCGGGCGUCCAUGAAUUUCACGCAGGACUCAGGCUCCAGUGGUGACGGCGGCGGCGGUGAUUGCCGCCGAGCCAGUGGCAACAGUUCUGAGCGUGCCCAGCCUGUGAUGGCAGUGCUGGGGGCGUCCUACUCUGAGCUCUCCAUCGCUCUGGCACGACUGCUCACUCUGGAGCUCAUCCCACAGAUCAGCUACUCGUCCACCGCCACCAUCCUGAGUGACAAAGUUCGCUUUCCCGCCUUCUUGAGGACCGUGCCCAACGACGUGUACCAGACACGUGCCAUGGUGAAGUUACUAAGCGACAACAACUGGAACUGGGUGGGCGUGAUUACCACGGACGGCGACUACGGCCGCUCAGCGCUGGACAGUUUCGCCACGGAGGCGGCGAAGAAUGGUAUCUGCCUGGCCUUCAAGGAGGUCCUGCCCGAUUCGGUGACCAACCCCAAAGUGAACAGCUCCAUCAUCCAGGUGGUCCAAACCAUCCGGAGCAACGGGCGGGCAAAGGUGAUCGUGUCCUUCUCCAAGCCGUCGUACAUGCGGCAGGUGUUCGAGCAGCUGCAGGACGGCCCUGCCCAGGACAGGGUGUGGAUCGCCAGCGACAGCUGGUCCACCUCCGGCAACGAGCUGGCGCACAUCGAUUUCGCCUUCAUCGGGAAGGUCGUGGGGUUCACCUUCAAGAGCGGCAACAUGUCGCCCUUCCAUCGGUACCUCAGGGAGCUGAACGCCAGCAGAGAGAAGCACUCGAGCAAUGACACAAACAUACCCUUUCUGAGGGAGUUCUACCAUUUGGUGGACAGUGCCAAGGCGGAAGCCAUCCUGUUGAACAACACAUACUCAGAUGCAGUCUUCAGCAUCCAGAUGGGCAUCUGUGCAAUCUCACAGGCAGUAGCAGACCUCUGUUCUAAAAUAGAUUGCAAGACUCCUGGAGCAGUCAAACCGUGGCAGCUCCUUGAUGCCCUGAAGAGAACGGAGUUUGUGAAGGAAGGAAAGUCCUACAAAUUUGAUGAACAUGGAGAUGUGAACCUGGGUUAUGACAUCUGCAUCUGGAACAUCAGAAGAGGAGCCAUAAAAUCCACCAACGUGGUGGCCGAGUAUCACCUUCACAACAACUCCAUUACUCCGACCAGUCAGCUCGGUCCCUUAAAGGACGUGGUGUCCAAAUGCUCCAACAGCUGUGAGGCAGGAGAGGUGAAGAAGACUGUGGAGGGCCAGCACACCUGCUGCUAUGAGUGUAUCAACUGCCCAGAGAACCAUUACUCCAAUGACACAGAUGUGGACCAGUGCCUGAGCUGUAACACUGCCAUUGAGUGGGCGCCAGAAAGAAGCUCAGCCUGCCAACCCAAGACCCUGGAGCUGUUUGACUGGGAGGACGGCUUCGCCAUCGUGCUGCUGUCACUGGCAGCCCUGGGCGUCCUCAUGGCUCUGGCCAUGGCUGUGCUGUUCCUAUGGCAACGGAACACGCCGGUGGUGAGGGCGGCAGGGGGUCCACUGAGCCAGAUCAUCCUCCUCUCCCUGAUGGGGAGCUUCGCCAGCGUGGCGUUCUUCGUGGGCCAGCCCAGCAGCAUCAAGUGCAAGGUGCGUCAGGUGUUGUUUGGUCUGAGCUUCACGCUGUGUGUGUCCUGCAUCCUGGUCAAGUCUCUGAAGAUCCUGCUGGCCUUCCACUUCAACCCGUCCCUGCAGGAGGCCCUGCGGCGCCUCUACAAGCCCUACGCCAUCGUGCUGGCCUGUGUGGGGGUGCAGGCUCUGGUGUGUGUCCUCUGGCUGGUGCUGCGUAGCCCCUGGUCCAGCCGCACCGUGGGGCCUACUUCUGUGCUGGCCGAGUGCCAGGAGGGCUCGUACGUGGCGUUCGGGACCAUGCUGGGCUACAUCGCCUUUCUGGCGGUCGUGUGCUUCGCCUUCGCCUUCAAAGGCCGGAAGCUUCCGGAGAGCUACAACGAGGCAAAGUUCAUCACCUUCGGCAUGCUCAUCUACCUCAUCUCCUGGGUGAUCUUCGUCCCCGUGUAUGUGACCACGUCGGGGAAGUACGUCCCCGCCGUGGAGAUGGUGGUCAUCCUCAUCUCCAACUAUGGCAUCCUCUGCUGCCAUUUCCUGCCCAAGUGCUACAUCAUCCUCUUCAAGAAGCAGCACAACACCAAAGACGCCUUCCUGCAGUGCGUCUACGAGUACUCGCAGAAGUCUACCGGCUCGUUCGGCAGCCUGGGCGCAGAGGACAUAACGAAGAAGCCGUGUGAAGCCAGAAGCAGCGUGUCCAUUGACCUGUCUUCAAGCACGGGAAGUGGAGAAAGCUCUACAGAUACUGUGAACUCAGUAAUCACAGUCUCACAGUCCACUGGGGGUCAGGUAACUAGGCCACGGCUGAAGAGGACACUCAGCAUAUGACGGAAUAAUAACAACUCUUGUUUUUUUUAAUCAUAUCUCUAGGCUUUUUUGGUGAUGAUCUACAUGAUCUACGGUAAUAUUGUCAUGUCAUCGUAGAUCUAAUGGGGCGCUACCUUCACAGCUGCUCUGGGAUUUUUAAUGAGGUCAGCAUGUCUUACACAGUUAGCUAUUGUUUCUGUAAAGGAUGUGGUGAUCUGAUGGUGUCAUGUUUCAUAUUGAAAGCAAAUUUCCCUUUUUGGUUCGUUAAGAGGAUCUUGAUCUCUGUUUAUAAAUAAAAUUCCUGUGCGUGGCACAUUUUUUACUGCAAAAACGCUGUUAUAAAAUUCUGCCAGCCUUGAAAAACCAGUCCCUCUCCUGACAGUUGGUAGGAGAUAAGAUGUCUGUGAUGCGCGUGAGACUGCUCUCUGUGUGCUUCAGGGAAAACCCUGAAACUAAGUUUUCCAGUCUUCUUCUCCACUCUCUUUCCCACGCGGUGAAACUCAACUGCUCCUCAAAGCCUCGAGCCAAAAACCCAGACAUGAAAAUAAUUGUUUUAAUAACUAAUAAUAACUAUUUUUUUGGAAAACUCUCCUUGAAAUAUUAUAAUCCCACUCUAUGUGAACUGAUAACCUCAUAAUGCCAGUUCUACCUGAAAGAGAAAUAACCUGCUACACACACACACACACACACACACGUAACAAUACAACCAAACAGAUGCAGUAGUGUUACAGGAUGCUGUCAUGAUCUUAGCUCUGGGUAAAAUACCAGACAGAACUCAGUUUCUCUCUCAGGUGACUGCUGAGGUUCACAUUCACAUUCAGGUAUAGAUGCCUGGAGGGUGAUCUCUUCUUCAACUGACGUGACACAUUUACAAGGUAGCAUCAGUCAUUUGCAGUAGAAACACACACACAUGUACACACAUCUGAAGAGAUGUUGAGAAACCAGGGACUGCCCCAUAUUCUAUGGCGUGCUUAGACCCGGCUGACAUGUCUAGGGUUGGGAGAGUAAACCCAUUGUUUCCCUCUGUGUUUUGACUGCUGAUAAGCAUCACAAAUAUUUGCAUUCCUCUAUGUCAGGUCAGGUGACAAUGUCUUAAAAAGAGAAUUUGCGGGCCGAACACUUUACAAUAAGGGUACAAAAUAUAAUUAAUCAUUACCUAUUGAUGAGUUCAAGAAAUGUCUGUGCAAUAAAUGUUUAUAAAGACAUACGAUGUUGGUGUGUUAGGAAAAAUUAUAUAAACUGAUAUUGAAAUAUGUGUGGUUGCCAUCCAUUUUGUUAAUGGCCUGUCUGUGCCUAAUUUGUAGUCAGUCUAAUUUUGAGAGAGGUGAACAUGAAUACUUGUGUAAAUCAAUGGAACAGGCCACGUUACUUUGUAAUAAAGUAUGACAAAUAAAGUAGUGUUUUUCUAUUUCAUUGCUUUUGUUGAAUAUAUUUAGUUUUU